UGAGCUGCUGCUGGAGGCAGGGCCCGUUAUAGAGAGAGGUGCAUACGUGGAGUUCCCAUCAGCUUAUGUUGUUUUAAUUAUAGCCGGCGACCUGAUUUCAGCACUGCAGGGAUUUAAUAGCUCCCGCUGAAGUUAAUCCGCGAGACCGAGAGGCGCUGGAGAGCGCGCACCAUCUACAAAGCAGAAAAUAACAAUAACAGAUAAAAACACAGAACCAGGAGCGCAUCUCCUGGAUAACCGAAGCUUUAUAAUAUCUCGGAAAACAGUUCAAGGAUGGUGUCGAAACGCGUGGGGUUUGUGGUCGUGAUUCAGGUUUUGGCUGUAAUAAUAUCGCACAUCAAUGCAUUUCCCACACCUGCUGGACCUAAUGAUAAGAGCAUGUUCAACCGAGAGCUGACAGAGGAGAAGCCAUUAGAACAGCAGAUUGCAGAAGCCGACAGCAACAAGAAGACAGAAUCCAAACCAACAGCACCAGCUGAGGCAGAGUCAAACUCAGAAGAUGAUGACAUCACUUUCCUCAAGUCUCUGGCCGAGAAGUCCAAAGAGUUGAACAACGAGACUCACAUCUCAGAUUCUGCAGAUGAGCGAAAUGGUGCUGAUGAGGCCGACUCGACCAAGAACAGAAGACUAGCUGAUGACUACGACUCAACUAAGAAUGGAAUGGACUACAAAUACCAAGAUGAUCCUGAAAGCUUUCGGCAGCUGGACGGGACCCCGCUGACAGCUCAGGACAUCGUACAGAAAAUCGCAAACAAAAUCUACGAGGAGGAUGACAGAGGAGUGUUUGAUAGGAUUGUGUCCAAACUGCUCAAGCUUGGCCUUAUCACAGAUAGUCAGGCAGAGACGCUGGAAUAUGAAGUUGCGGAAGCCCUGCAGGAUCUAGUAACCAAAAACGCCAAAGAAAAUAUGAUUGGAGACCUGAGUAUGGACUACCCCGUAAAUGCAGCUAAAGACACACAGAACAAUAUGGUACGAGAUGACGAAGAUAGGCCCAGCCGUCGAUAUGAUGAAGAGGAUGAGGAUGCUGGUGAUGAAGAUAACGGUGCUGAAGAGCAGCAGAAGGAGAGCAGAGAUGACACUGUUAGGGCUGAUGACUCAUGGGACGCUGUUAGCAACGGGAAUGAUAGGAACGAGCUGAACCCUGAAGAUGGACUGCAGGACCUUCAGUUCUUCCCAAACUUCUACAGACUGCUCAAGAGCCUUGACUCAGAGCAAGAUAAAGAGGAGAGAGAGACCCUGAUCACCAUCAUGAAGACGUUGAUCGACUUUGUGAAGAUGAUGGUUAAAUAUGGAACCAUUACACCAGAAGAAGGAGUUUCUUAUCUGGAAAACCUGGAUGCAAUGAUUGCCUUGCAGACCAAGAACAAGCUGGGCAAAUCUCUGGGUCCCCUCAGCAUUACACCCCCUACAGGAAAAGCAGCGGAUGAUGAUGACAACACUAAAACAGAGGCUGCCAAAAUGCAGGAGUAUGAGUCUCUAAAAGACUCAACCAAGGACGUCCAGACUGCAGCAGAGAUCGGUCGUCCAGGGAAGUCAGAGAGUUAUCUGGAUGCAAUAAGGAAGAACAUUGAAUGGCUGAAAAAACACAAGGAAGGCAACAAAGAAGAUUACGAUCUCUCCAAGCUGAGGGACUUCAUGGACCAACAGGUGGAUGCGUACAUCGAUAAGGGCAUCAUCGCCAAAGACGAAGGUGAUGUCAUCAAGAGAAUCUACGGGAGCCUGUAGGAGCCACUAAUCUACAUAGCUUUUCAUGUGACAGUAUAACUGACUAAAUACUUCAACUGGGCAUACUAACACAGGUCUAAUAAUUUAACUCCUAAUAAACAUGAUAUAGUCUGCAACUCAGACAGUAUCUGAGCAGAAUAUUACUAUCCUGAAGGCAAUAUCGUCUCAGUGCAGUCAGCAAUAGAACACAAUCUAAUGCUAGACGAUCCACACAUCACAUCUGAGAUGUAAAUGUUCUUACUCAGUAGGACCGAAUAACAGCAUUUGCUAACUAGAAGUCUGAAAUUCAGUGAAUUUGGUGGUAUGACUUACAAAUCAGCGUAAAAUAGAAGCUUUUGCACUUGUCCUUCUUUUGCAAUAGAUUUUACAGCAUCAUAUACAUAUUUAUCUGUAUGUCAUUUUCCUUUAUGUAUGGUAUAUAGCAUUUUCUCUUUAUUUGGUCUUAUUUGAAGAAAAUUAACCAGUAUUGUUUCUAAAUAAACCAAAAAAUUAGCUUUUAUUGUCAGUAAAUUGCUUUCCUCUUCUGUUGUUGUUGUUGUGUCUCCCAGUCAGUAGGGGGCAGUCUUUAUAUCUCCCUUCUCUUUCUUAAGUUUGGUUUUCUGGGAUCUGUUUCUCCACUUUUUGAAUCUGUAUAUUUCACAUGCUAUAGAUUGACAACAAUCAAGUAUUUUUUAAAUGUAAAUAUUAUGAUCUUUCCAAAAAUCUAUUAAAACAUUGCCUUUCUUUAAUUAUGUAA